UUUCUCUCUUCUAACACAGCCCACGCUACCCAACACUCCAAUACUCCAAUAACCAGUGAGUCGUCACCGAAUCAAAACUUCUCUCUAAAGAGAGGUAAAAUUUUCUUCACUUUCUAGAAACCACCGAGCCAUGGCUCUAAUCACCCGAAACACCGCUAAUCGCCUCCCACGCCUCCUUUCUGCACAGCGAGCCCUCUCUCUCCACACCACCCUCCCUUCUCUCUCCUCCUCCUCCACCCCAACCACGUACGCUAGCCCUUCUCCCCCCUCAAUCUCCGGCCCUCCGGCGGGCCUCUCCAAGACUGCCGAAUACGUGAUCUCCAAGGUCGAUGACCUCUUGAACUGGGCCCGUCGUGGGUCCAUCUGGCCCAUGACCUUCGGCCUAGCUUGCUGCGCUGUCGAAAUGAUGCACACUGGUGCUGCUCGCUACGAUUUCGAUCGCUUCGGUGUCAUUUUCAGGCCCAGCCCUCGCCAAUCCGAUUGCAUGAUUGUCGCUGGUACUCUCACCAACAAAAUGGCCCCUGCUCUUCGCAAGGUUUAUGACCAAAUGCCAGAGCCUAGGUGGGUCAUUUCUAUGGGAAGUUGUGCAAAUGGUGGUGGAUACUACCACUACUCGUAUUCUGUUGUUAGAGGUUGUGAUAGAAUUGUCCCUGUUGACAUCUAUGUUCCUGGUUGCCCACCCACUGCUGAGGCGUUACUAUAUGGAGUUCUUCAAUUGCAGAAAAAGAUCAACAGGCGCAAGGAUUUCCUCCAUUGGUGGACCAAGUAAGGAUAUUACAAGUUGCUUCUGGGAUAUUUUGACUGCAGUGUUAAGAACAAAUAAAUCAUUUCUCUGUUGAAAUGCCCUGUAGAUGGAGAUUGUUAAGAUGGUUUUGAAUAUAAAAUCCUGAGUUUUACAAAUCAGGUUUGUUUUACAUGUAUGGUGACUGUAUGCCCUGUAUUAUUCGGAACUUCAAAUUUUGCCGACUUUAGUUUUCCCGUUAACUACCUGCACUAUCGUUAAAAGGAUGUUUAAGUUUUGUUUUAAAUGGAUAUGAAUGAAUUCCUCAAUUUUGUGCCAUCUCUGAUUUGAUGGUUUGAACUUUAAAAAGGCAGUUUUGUUGGGCUAUGUCAACAUAAGGGUGACCUUCAAUUCAAUGCCUAUAGGAUGGAGUUUUAAUGGCUGGUUUGGGUUUUCAUUGCCGUGGUAAUGCUAAUAUGGAAGUUUGGGUCGUAGGACUUGACUCGCAUGGUCAAGUUUGUGUUUGUAUUGUUAAUAUGAAUUUA